AUGGAUCCGGAGGAUAUUCAAACUAUCUUUAGUUUGCCUAUUAGCAAAUCUUAUAGACCAGAUCGAUUGGUGUGGCAUUAUUCACAUUCUGGUCGGUAUUCGGUUAAAUCAGGGUACAAGGUAGCCCAAGAUAUGAAAGCUGAAAUUGAGUAUGGUCCCAAUUUUAAUGCUCUGAAGGCUAAGGCUUGGGACCUCCCGGUUCCACCUAAAAUCAAACAUUUCUUUUGGCAGAUCGCAUCGGGUUCUCUUCCGGUGACGGUGCGAUUAGCCUCCCGGGGAGUUAAUUGUGAUACGGUAUGUAAGAGAUGUGAAAUGGAGGAAGAGUCGAUUAAUCAUACCUUAUUUCAAUGCCCUCUUUCUCGUCGGGUUUGGGAGAGGAUUUUUGUUGGAUCUAAUACGGACAAGUUCCCUUUUGGUUCAAUCUAUUCCAAUUUAGAUUUUAUAUAUGGAAAAGGUUUAGCCCAUUUGGAUUUAGGCGUUACACAUAGUUCGAUUCCGUGGCUGGUCUGGUUCUUAUGGAAGGAUAGGAAUAAUAAAGUUUUCCAAGGGUUACAAUCAGAGCCAACAGAUAUUAUCGAUCAGGCUCUACGUGAUCAAUUAUGGUGGGAGGAAGCCCAGGUAGCCGUAAGGGCGGGUCCUGUUUUAACAGAGUCUUCGAGUACGCCAGAGAUAUCAAUUUAUUGUCAGGUUGAUGGCUCGUGGAAAGCCACAGAACCUCAUUCAGGGUUAGGAUGGUGGUGUGGUGAUAGUGAACAUCAGACCUUGGUAAUGGGUGCCAGAUGUCAACGUCGCAGUGCAUCCCCACUUCAUUCAGAGCUAGAAGCAUUACUAUGGGCGAUGGAGUGUAUCCGUUCCAGAGGAAUUGAUUGCCGAAGAUUCGAGACGGAUUCUGCAGAGUUAUUAGCGAUGGUGCAAGCUCCGGAGGAGUGGCCGAUUUUCUCAACGCUUCUUGAGGAGUUUCAGGUACUUAGUGCUUCCUUGCCCCUCUUUUCCCUGAUCAAGAUCCCCAGAACAUCCAAUAUGAAGGCUGAUUGCUUAGCUCGAUCUUCUAGAGUGCUUUUAUCAGAAUCAUCUUUUGUAAACAAUUUUCCUCUAGAUUGGGUAACCAAUCGAGGAGUUUUAUUUUAG